AUGGUGAGCCUGCUAGCUAUCCUCGCUCUGGGUGCUGUCUGGUGCACAGGAGCCUUUCCAUCAGGCGCCUAUCACAAGAAGCUCGCGAAUGACAUUUGCAUACAAAUAGAUGCUUUGGAGGAUCUUACCAUUAGAGAAUAUGUCCUCUGUGCCCAGUCGGGGGCUGUUAUCCACCUGGGUGUUACAGGGAGCAACCCUUAUACCGUCGCACCAAGCAGUCAGAAAGAUUAUGACGACUUCUACAAGUUCUUGAUUAGCCAGUGUGGGGAUGCGCUGAAAAGUAAGGGUAUGCACGAGUUCACCUACGACCAAGCUAAUGAUACUAUAAAGACGACUUUUCAGAGCAGCCCUCAGGUUCUGCAAAGAGGGAACUGUUGGGAUAAUGGUUUCUAG